UGCCGCUUUAUCCCCCCGUGUCUCGUUUCAGUUCAUUAUAUCGGAGAGUGAGCGAGGAGAACCGCCGUGCCUGGUCGAGUGUCCCCGGGAGAGAGGCCGGCCCAUCUGUGCCUCCGAUGGGAAGCUCUACAAGUCCCCGUGUACUUUCCAGAGAGCGCGUUGCCGCGAGCCUUUCCUAGAAGCUUUGCCACGGUCCCACUGUGGCGGGGGCGGCCAUCGAGAACCCAACAACGCCAAUCUCACCCGCUGCCAGGAGGACCGAGCCACUGCCCUCUCGCAGUCCCGCCGCCAGGCACAUGCCACCUACAUCCCGGAAUGCAGCGAAGAUGGAUUGUUCCUGCAGGUUCAGUGCCACAAACAGACGGGCUACUGUUGGUGUUCUACUCCGGAAGGGAAGCCUAUCAGUGGGACGUCAGUCCUCAAUGAAACCCCAAAUUGUACAGGUUCCUACACAUUACGGACUUCGUGGCAAGACCCCAACUCCUCUCGGAGAGAAGAAGGUUCCAGGCCACGGCCCACCCAGCCAAUCCCCCUGCCCCAUAAACAGGAAGAGGGGACCUCCCUGCCUUUCCUAAUCCCCGUCAUCAUCCCAGAUUUCAAGCCCAACCGCACGGCGAAACAGAUCCAAGAAUACCCGCCGUCGUGCGAGCAGGAGCGGCGCGAAGCCAUUGAGGAGGCCCAGCAGCACCAACAGGAGGGCACCUUCAUCCCAGAAUGUGAGGGCGACGGCACGUACAAGAUGGUGCAGUGCCACCAGGCGACGGGGUACUGCUGGUGCGUGCGGGUGGACACCGGCCGACCCGUCCCAGGCACUUCCACGCGGAAUUUCCCUCCAGACUGCGGAGCCGAAGCAACAGCCAAAAGCGUAGAAAUGGGCUCCUUCUUCCGUGAUCGGACACUGCCGGGUUGUCCCGGCACCAAGAAGGCCGAAUUCAUCUCCAACCUGAUCAAAGCCUUAGCUUCGGACAUGCUGCAGUCGAGGAUGAUGCCCGCCCCGUACCGAAGGUUUCCGGACCGUUUGACGGGGCGCAGCCUGGAGGAGCGGGUGGUCCGCUGGCAGUUCGUGCGCCUGGACAAGGACUUCAGCAACAGCAUCAGCGAGCGCGAGCUCCGCCCCCUCAAGCUGUACAUGAAGAAGCACACCCGGCCCAAGCGCUGCGUCCGCAAGUUCCUGGACUACUGUGACUUGGACGACGACCGGCUCAUCUCCCUGAACGAACUCAGAGGGUGCUUAGGGCUCAGUUAACGCCAGGGCUUCCCAAGCCAGAUGAAAACGAAGAAAUGGCGCUUUCCCUCCUCCGAAACCCCAGGGGGCGCUCUCUCUUUCUCUGAGCACUGCAUUCUCACUUUUGAUUGCAGACUCUUUGCACUUUAAAGAGACAGACUGGACUUUUCUGCCAAGACGGUUGACGAUGGGUGGAAUUUGGCCAUCGGUGCAGGGGCAGGUGGCACGUGGGCAGUUGCCGGUUGACCUUCGACUUUUCCUCUUUUUUCGCUCAAAAAAACACAACAACAACGUAGAUCAGAAAGGCCUGAAUCCAUGAGCUACCUUUACAGAUAUUUUUUAAAAAAUAAUAUUUUAAUCUUCGCUUUAUUUUUACUGUGUAAUUUUUAAGGGGGGGACGCAAAAUAAUGAAUGUAAAGGGACUUUCUUGUUAGAGGGUUUGUAAAAAAGUGGUAUUAAUCUCCC